AUGAAGGCAAGAAAGCUCGGUGAAGGAACCUACGGUUCCGUUUCCAGUGCCGUGCACAAGCAGACUGGUGUGGUUCGUGCGAUCAAGACUAUGUCCAAGGGGCAGAUGAAGAACCUGGCUCGCUUCAAGCAAGAGGUAGCCAUCAUGAAGGUCAUGGAUCACCCGAACAUCAUCAAACUCUUCGAGACCUUCGAAGAUCGAAGACAAAUCUACCUGGUGAUGGAGCUCUGCUCGGGGGGAGAACUUUUCGACCGGAUCAUCGAGGCCGGCCACUUCAGGGAAUCCGACGGCGCCAUUGUGGUGUCCCACAUCCUGCAUGCUAUCUUCUACAUGCACAAGAUGGAUGUCUGCCACAGAGAUCUGAAGCCGGAGAACUUCCUGUUCCUGACCAAGGACUCGAUCGACAAGAAUGUCCUCAAGCUGAUAGACUUUGGGCUCUCCAGCCCAGCUUCCGAUGGGAAGGUCAUGUCCACGAAGGCCGGGACGCCCUACUACGUGGCGCCGCAGGUGCUGCAGGGGAAGUACGACAAAUCCUGUGACUUGUGGAGCUGCGGGGUGAUCAUGUACACCAUGCUCUGUGGAUAUCCUCCCUUCUACGGGAAGACGGACCACGAGGUGCUUCACAAGGUGAAGUCUGGCAACUUUACCUUUGAUCAGAAGGAUUGGAAGAAUGUCUCAGACGAUGCGAAGGCACUGAUAAGGAUGCUGAUCAAGUUUGAUCCAGCUGAGCGCUACACGGCCGAGCAGGCACUGCAGCACGAGUGGAUCAGGUGCCGGGCACCGCGAUCAACCACAGCAUCACUGCAGGCCGGUAUUGUGGACAACCUUCGUGCCUUCCAGAACCAACACAAGAUGAAGAAG